GUGACUACUCAGUCAGCUGACUAGCAUAACGCGGCUGUAGUUUUGCUGUACCGCCAGCUACAGUCACCUCACCAGCUCACCUCCAGUGAGCCAAGCGACAUGGACCACCGUCGCGUGGACAGGGUGGGCCUUCUGUCUCCCCUGGAGGAGUCGAGCGCCGAAAUCAGCCGGGACAGCGGCAUCGUGUCCCAGAGCGCCAGCAGCUUGUCCAUGGUGAGCGACAUCCUCAGCAGCGGCACCGUGUCGCAGAGCCCCAGCUUCGGCGCGGCGGCUAACAUGGUCGCGUCGCCCAGUCCGAGCCUUCACGAAGCGGCGUCGGCGUCCCAGCAGGGCCCAGAAGGACACGGCGACGACGACCUGGUCCACACCGCUUUCACCUACUCCUCCUACGUGAAGGCAACAGCGGGAGAAGAGAUUCUUUGCUUGGAGAAAAGCCUGGAGGAAAUGCUGACCAGAGUAGACGAGUUUGUCGGCAUGCUGGAUAUGAUUCGUAGCGACACAUCACAGAUCGUGAGUGAAAACAUACCUCAAAUUCAGCAGAAGUCUGAGGAAAUAAGACAACUCUACAGACGCAUCGACCAAUUAGAGGGCUUUGUCAAGAUGGUGGGAGCCAACGUUGGCGCCAUGGAGGAGCAGUUGACCCAGGCGGAGGGAGAACUAUCCACGCUACCGGGCGCCUUCAAGAAGAUCUUCCGCACAAUAAGCGUUCCCAGCUUCUUAAAUAAACCAAACAGCCCACGAAGAACAGUGCCACAUCAGCAGCAUCAAGAAAUCCCUCGAGUAUUCUGCACGGACGACUACAUCAUCACAUCGCAGCAGGCAGAGCAGUGACACGCCUCAGAGGCAUAAAGACGACCCCAACGUCCACAGCCAAGCAAUAGCCAACAAGUCACUGGAGGUCCGCGAGGUGACACUGAACUGUAGCAAAAAAACAAAAGUGAUUUUAUUUUUUAAAAGUGCCUCAGUGGUCUUGUUUUCCGCUGUUUGUUAGCUUUGUAACAAGCCUGAUGCAUCUUCCAAGCAUUUCUUUUUUUUUAUUAAUACGGUCUGUUGUGAUUGUUUAAAAAUAAUGCAUGCUGUUGUAAGUACAUGUCCAAUUAGACCAGGCAUGUCGAGCUCCGUUCCUCGCGGGUCGCUGUCCAGCCUGUUUCUCCCUCCCUGUUUCAACACAUCUUAUUCCAAGGAUCAGCUCAUCAGCAAGCUCUGAAGAAGGAUGAGAACAGCAGGUAGAGAGGGAUAACAGCCUGGACAGCGGCCCUUGAGGAACAAGUUUGGACACCCCUGAAUUAGACUAAACAGUCACUGCGAGCAAUAUGGACCUCAAGUAUUACAUGUCUUCCAUUUAAUAAUACUAAUUGUAUUUUUAGCUUCAUGUUUCUUACUGGCUGCAUAUUUGUCAUUUAAAAAGCACAUGACUCCUGUGUUAAUUGUGGCUUAAUAGUGAAAUAGUGCCUGACCUUUUGGGCAGAGAAAUGGACCUGGUUGGAGUCACAUCACCUUCGUUUAUCACAUUGAUGACGUCUGAUUACUAAAAAUCGGACGUUGCGGGUUUAUUUUUGUCACAUUUUCGACAAUAAUUAUUAAAGUUUUGUAUGAUGUGA